AUGUCCAACGGAGGAGGAAGAGCCGCGCCGGAUUACUUCGGCCGAGCCGCGGCGCGCCUCGCAGUGGCGCAGCUCUGCGAAGCCGCGGGGUUCCACAGCGCCACCGCUUCUGCGCUGGACGCCUUCGCUGACGUCGCAGUCCGCUACCUCCUGGACUUAGGCAGAACCGCGGAGUCCCACGCGAACCACGCUGGCCGAUCUCAAUGCACCGUCUUCGACGCGAUUCGUGGCUUCGAGGACCUGGAAGCGCCGCGAGCCUUCUCUGGUGCCGGCGGAGUGAGAGAGAUCGUGAGCUUCGUGGAAUCGGCGAACGAGGUUCCGUUCGCUCAACCGAUUCCUCGGUUUCCGGUCGUUCAGGAACGGCGUUGCAUUCCGAGUUUCGAUCAGAUGGGCGAGACUCCACCGUCGAAACAUAUUCCCGCGUGGUUACCGGCUUUGCCCGAUCCCCACACGUAUAUUCACACCCCAGUGUGGCAUGAGAGGGUUUCUGAUCCUCGUGAAGAUAAAAUUGAACAAGCUAGGCAGCGUAGGAAGGCUGAGAGGUCGUUGUUGAGUUUGCAGAAACGGUUGUUGUUGCGUAACGGGUCAGUGGAAGCAAAAGCUAGAACAUCAGCUUCACCGGAUAGUACUGUUUCAGAACUUCAAGGUGUUGGUGAUGGUGAUAAGGAUGUUGACAAAGAUGUUGCUCCGGUUGUUAAGGUUUCAGUUUUGGAAGAGGGUAGUGGUGGUGAUGGGAACCGUGUUUCCGUAUUGGAGGCUUUUGCUCCGGCGAUUGAGAUGCUUGGGAGUGGAGGGUUGGGUGUUGAUGAGGAUGAUGGGUUUGGGGAGAGAGACAGAAGUGAGCUUCCUUCUGUGAGACCUACAGUGCAUUUUAAGUUUAGGACUGGGAAGAAGUUCAUUGGGGAAUCGUUGGAUAUGAGAAUUCGGAAUAAGGAUGCGUCAAGGACGGUGGCAUUGGCUGGGAGAGAAGAUGAGAGGGAUGAUAAGAAAAGGAGGGCGGAGUAUAUUCUCAAACAGUCUAUGGAGAACCCGCAGGAACUCACUUUGUUGUAG